AUGGUUAAACAAGUUCUUUUAUUGGGUUCUGGUUUUGUUGCCAAACCAACUGUUGAUAUUUUAUCCCAAACCCCAGAUGUUAAGGUUACUGUUGCUUGCCGAACUUUAUCUAAGGCUAAAGAAUUGGCUGGAUCAGUUGCUGAAGCCAUUUCAUUGGAUGUGACUGAUGAAUCGGCAUUAGAAUCAGAAGUUGCCAAAUUCGAUUUGGUUAUUUCAUUAAUUCCAUAUAUUUAUCAUGUUAACGUUGUUAAAGCUGCUAUUAAAAAUAAAAAACACGUUGUUACUACUUCUUAUAUCAAUCCUCAAUUGAAAGAAUUAGAACAACAAAUCCAAGAUGCUGGUAUCACUGUUAUGAACGAAAUUGGUUUGGAUCCAGGUAUCGAUCAUUUAUACGCUGUUAAAACCAUUGAAGAAGUUCACCAACAAGGUGGUAAAAUCAAAUCAUUCCUUUCUUAUUGUGGUGGUUUACCAGCUCCAGAAAACUCAGACAAUCCUUUGGGUUAUAAAUUCUCUUGGUCUUCAAGAGGGGUUUUAUUGGCUUUAAGAAAUUCCGCUAGUUAUUGGAAAGAUGGUCAAGUUGAAAAUGUUAAAUCUGAAGAUUUAAUGGCUACUGCUAAACCUUAUUUCAUUUAUCCAGGUUUUGCCUUUGUUGCUUAUCCAAAUAGAGAUUCUACCACUUAUAAACAAUUAUAUAACAUUCCUGAAGCUGAAACUGUUAUCAGAGGUACUUUAAGAUUCCAAGGUUUCCCUGAAUUUAUUAAGGUUUUAGUUGAUAUUGGAUUCUUAAAAGACGAAUCUUCUGAAGCUUUCUCUAAUCCUUCUUCUUGGAAAGACGCUUUUGCUAAAUUGGUUGGUGCUGAAUCUUCUGAAGAAGCCGCCAUUAUUGCUAAAGUUGAAUCUUUAGCUACUUUCAAAGAUGAUGCUGAUAAAACCCGUAUCAUUAAUGGUUUAAGAUGGUUAGGUUUAUUCUCUGAUAAACAAAUCACUCCAAGAGGUAACCCAUUAGAUACUUUAUGUGCUACUUUAGAAGAAUUAAUGCAAUAUGAAGAAGGUGAAAGAGAUAUGGUUUGUUUACAACAUAAAUUUGGUAUUCAAUGGAAAGAUGGUUCUGAAGAAACUAGAACUUCUACCUUGGUUGAUUACGGUGAUGUUAAUGGUUAUUCUUCUAUGGCUAAAUUAGUCGGUGUUCCUUGUGCCGUUGCCGUUCAACAAAUUUUGGAUGGUACCUUAAGUAAAAAAGGUUUAUUGGCCCCAAUGUCUAGUGAAAUUAAUGAUCCUUUAAUGAAAACUUUGAAAGAUAAAUAUGGUAUCUAUUUAGUUGAAAAAACUAUUUAG